AACGCACAGAAGGAGACUGAGCGCCCAUCCGAGAAAGCGUCUGGACAUCACAGGUCUUGAGCCAAAUGCGCGUUCAUUUUACAAGAAGCGUUUGCCUUCAUUCGUCGAUUGUCCGAUAGAAUUCGGGUUGCCUAUUUGCUAACGCGAAAUUACUAGGGCACAAGGGACGCUGGCUGGUUUGAGGAUUCUUGUUUGGAUUUUUUGGCUAAGAUGAAGUUCGUUGUUGUCCUGGUGGCCGCCGGGGUUCUGGCCUUUCUCGGCGCAGUCAUUUGCAUCAUUGCCGGUGUUUACGCGCGCUCGUCGCCUGCUGGACCUCAAGCUCUAGCUGACAACCGAUCUUUGUCCACGGAAUCUCUCCUACAGCCACUCUCUCCUGGAUCCGUGGCGUACGCGGGCCCUCUGGGAGCUCUCCACGGUUCUGAAUCAUACGAAGGAGGGGGCCUGGGCCUUGGUAUGGAGGUUCCUACACUGAACGAGCUCAGCCCUGGACAGGUGACUGGUGAGAACCGCAAACAAUAUACCUUCAGUCGGCUUAUUUGCACACCAAUUCCAGUCGGAGAUUGUAAAUCGAAAGGCUUCAACCAGCAAGCCGACGACCCUUACGCAGAUGACGAGUGGCACUAUCUCAGAACCACUGCCGAAGAGCUACGGCAAACUGUCAUGCAGCAAAAUGAUCAGAUAGAAAUUGACCAGAGAACCAUAGGGGAAUUGACUGGAAAGCUCUCGGAAUGCGAAAGUGGACUGGAGGACACCAGCAUCUCCGAGAGGAGCGUGGGGGUCUGGGCGGGUAACCGCCGCUUGAUGGCCGGGGAUGACGUGAGCGCAUCGGCUGCAGCACAGCUGCAAACCGCCCGGGCUGUAGAGGAACUGGAGAAAGCCAUUCUCCAGCUCAAAGACCGCAUUGAAAAGCUCGAGGCUGAGAUAGGGCCGGCGCCGGUCCAGAACCACACGGACGUGGGCACCAAGGGCUUCAUCAAGGCCAGCGGCAAGCCCAGCUGGCGGGUGGAGGACCUGGAGGGGGAGCUGGAGAAGAAGAUGGAGCUCCUGGAGAAGGAGAGGAAGGCCUUGCGCAAGGAGACCCAGGGCCACCACAAGGAGAUCGACGAGGGACUCAACACCCUCCACAACCGCAUCGCCGAGCUGGAACAGAGUCUUACAGACUACAGCUACCCAGAGGGCUACAAGCUGUCGUUCCCAGUGCGCACCAACUACAUGUAUGGGAUGGUCAGGAAGGUCAUCCCUGAGAUGUACGCCUUCACUGCCUGCAUGUGGCUGAAGCCCACGGAGGGGGGCAUCGGCACCCCGUUCUCCUACGCCGUCCCAGAACAGCCCAACGAGCUGGUGCUGCUCCAAGGGGUCCACAACCCUGUUGAGCUGCUCAUCAACGACAAGGUAGCACAGCUGCCCCUGUCCCUCCCUGUCGGCCUCUGGCAGCACAUCUGUAUCAGCUGGACAUUACGGGAUGGCGUGUGGCGGGCCUACCAAGGAGGCAAGUUGAAGGGCCAGGGUGAAGGUCUAGCGGCCUGGCAUCCCAUCAGACCUGGGGGAGUGCUCAUCUUGGGGCAGGAGCAGGAUACCCUUGGAGGCCGGUUCGAUGCGUCCCAGGCGCUGGUUGGGGAACUGUCCAAGUUCAACAUGUGGGACCGAGUGCUGUCCCCCACAGAGGUGUCCAGCCUGGCCAGCUGCAGCGGCUCAGCCAAGCUGGGCAACGUGUCCCCGUGGACAGAUCGAGACGUGGACGUUUUGGGAGGAGCCACCAAAGAGCCGGUGGACCCCUGCGCCCGCGGCUCAGGGCCACAGCAGUAGGAAGGGGGAGGGGCCCCGCGGGAGGGGUGGGGUGCUGGGAAGAUGUUUUGAUAUUCACCACAGUAGACCAACAACUGGUCAUGACCUUUACGAGAGCCUCGCUGUGUGUCGUAUCUCAGUGUCCACACUGACAGUCUUUCUAGCACAGUCAUACUGAUGUACAGAGUAGUCAUCUCACCCUGGUGGUGUUGUAAAGGGUGAGGGGUGAAGCCUGCUCGCAGCUUUGUGUAAUUACUCAGUGUGUUUGCAUUUAGAGAGGGCUCUGGAGCAGUGGCCAGUCUGCGCUGUGGAGCACUGAGAGGGGUCAUCUAGUCUGCUGCUUGUGUUGUUCUCUACAGGUUUCCUGUUUGAUAGUUGCCAUUUUAAGUGUUGCUACAAUGCGUUUUGCAUACACAGCAAGAUAAUGGAAAUCAUGUGUGUGUGUGUGUGUGUGUGUGUGUGUGUGUGUGUGUGUGUGUGUGUGUGUAUGGGUGUGUAUAUGUGUGUGUGUGUGUGUGUAUAUGUGUGUGUAUAUGUGUGUGUGUGUGUGUGUGUGUGCGCGUAUGUCUCAACUCACAUGUAACCAUUAGGUCAUUGCCAUAAAUGGUUUGAUCACCGUAUUAUAAUGCAUCGUGUGUGUAAAGCUUCUGUCACAGUCUCACAAGCUUUUGUUGGUUGUACUCGCUGGUUUGCAGAUAUUGUUGCUGUGAUGUGUUGUGAUUAGGUCAAGGUUAUUCCAACAGUAAGCAAGCUUGGGCAGUGUUGUAAUAAACUUGUAAUGAGCCUCCCUCUAUAGGUCCUGGGGAUGCCCUGGAACAUGUCGAUUGGGCAGGUAAUAUUACGUAACCGAAUAGUACUCAGGACUAAUCAGUGUAUGUACAUGUUUGUUAUCUAAGGGAAUGCAGGCUUAUCAAGACAACAGGCCCUCAGUGCACAUGAAUGAUUUCACCUAAUCUCAUCAAUCCAUCAAUCCAUUACCUUCGGUUAGUCCCCAGCAAAAGCCAAAUUGUAUUUAUUAACUGGUUGAAUGUACAAACAAUGAGAAUGAAAAGAAAUAUGUGAGAGGAGACUAAGCCCUUAAACAAGUGUAUUUAAAGAUGUUUUGGCUGCUAACUCUCAGCCAUGCCUCACAAAUUAUAUUACGAAUGGUUGUAAAGUGCCUGAAAAUAGCCCAAAAUCUUGGAUUUUCUUUUUUCUAUCGCUAUGGGUCAUGGUGUUGAUAACAUGUGAUGUCAUUGUUGAGCUUGUUCAGUUGCACCUCCAUGGAUCUUCGAUAAAAUUGUAAACUGUGGCUAAAAAAAAGAAAUAAAACUACCAA